AUGACGACACGAUCGGCGCAGCAACAGCGCGCCAACUCGCAGCAGAAACGCACAGCACACGACAGCAGCCACCAAGCCAAUGGCAAGAUCACGACCCCCGAAAUGGUUCAGACUUCCCCAUACAAGCCACCGCACCCCAGCUACGACUACACCUCGCCUGGUGUCACCGACAACAACAUCCUCAACCUCAAGAGCACCGAUUGGGAAUGGCUGGGCGUAGUCACAGUCGUCGCGCUGUUUGUGCGCUUGUUCCGCAUAUACCAGCCCAGCAGUGUCGUCUUCGAUGAAGUCCACUUUGGUGGCUUCGCGAGCAAGUACAUCAAGGGCAAGUUCUUCAUGGACGUGCAUCCACCCCUCGCGAAGCUGUUGAUCACGCUGGCGGGAUGGCUGGCUGGCUUCGACGGAGAGUUCGACUUCAAGGACAUUGGUAAGGACUACCUCGAGCCCGGCGUGCCGUAUGUUGCUAUGCGACUGCUGCCCGCGCUUCUUGGUGUCCUUGCUGUGCCUGUCAUGUUCCUUACACUAAGAGCUUCGGGAGUCAAGACUACAUUCGCGGCGCUGGGGGCUGCACUUCUUACAUUCGAGAACGGUUUCGUCACACAGUCGCGACUGAUUCUCUUGGACUCUCCACUCGUCAUCUUCACCGCACUCACUGGACUAUCGUGGUUCUCCUUCACGAACCAGCAUGAGCUUGGACCACGUAAUGCAUUCACACCCAGCUGGUGGUUCUGGCUGGCUGCGACUGGUGUGACCCUCGGCGCGACAGUCAGCGUCAAGUGGGUCGGUCUCUUCACCAUCGCCUGGGUCGGUUCCUUGACUAUCGUUCAGCUCUGGGUACUUCUCGGCGACACCAGGAACGUCACCAUGCGUGUCUGGUUCAAGCACCUCUUCGCGCGCAUCUUCUGCCUGAUCAUCAUCCCGAUAACUUUCUACAUGGGCAUGUUCGCCAUCCACUUCCUCUGCCUCGUCAACCCAGGUGACGGAGACGGUUUCAUGAGCAGCGAGUUCCAGUCUACGCUCAACUCCAAGGGAAUGGCCGAUGUACCAGCCGAUGUUGCUUUCGGUUCCCGCAUCAGCUUGCGACACCACAACACUCAGGGAGGCUACCUACACUCGCACUCUCAUAUGUACCCAGGAGGUAGCAAACAGCAGCAGAUUACUCUUUACCCACACAAGGACGAGAACAAUGUUUUCUUGAUUGAGAACCAGACUCAGCCAAUCGAUUGGGCCACGGACCCAACUGGCAACACCAGCGUUGUUGGACCUCUCGCAUGGGACAGGUUCGAGCCAGAGUACGCCAAGGACGGCGACAUCAUUCGUCUCUAUCAUGUCACCACCGCCCGCCGCGUCCACUCCCACGAUGUCCGACCACCCGUCACUGAGGCCGACUGGCAGAACGAGGUCUCCGCAUACGGUUAUGAAGGCUUUGAGGGCGACGCGAACGAUCUGUUCCGUAUUGAGAUUGUCAAGUCCAUGUCUGACGGCAAGGCUGCUAAGGAGCGUCUUCGCACUAUUCAGUCCAAGUUCAAGCUUGUCCAUAUCAUGACUGGAUGUGUACUCUUCUCCCACAAGGUCAAGCUCCCCGACUGGGGUUUCGAGCAGCAGGAGGUGACUUGCGCUAAGGGCGGUACACUACCGAACAGCAUCUGGUACAUCGAGAGCAACAUCCACCCAGGAUUGAAGGAGAAUGCCGAGAAGGUCAACUACCGCAACCCUGGUUUCUUCGGCAAGUUCUGGGAGCUGCAGAAGGUCAUGUGGACUACCAACGCAGGCCUCGUUGAGUCCCACGCCUGGGAUUCUCGCCCACCAUCAUGGCCGAUACUCUCCCGUGGUAUCAACUUCUGGGGCAAGGACCAUCGUCAGAUCUACCUCAUUGGCAACCCAUUGAUUUGGUUGUCUAGCACUGCAGCCGUUGCUUUCUAUGGCGUCUUUAUCGCUCUCAUCGUCGUCCGAUGGCAACGCAGCUUCGACGACCACAAGUACACCACCGUCCGCCGCUUCGCAUACGAGACUGGUACCUCCGUCCUCGGCUGGUCCUUCCACUACUUCCCCUUCUUCCUCAUGCAGCGUCAGCUCUUCUUGCACCACUACUUCCCAGCACUGUACUUUGCUAUUAUCGCGCUUUGCCAAAUUAUGGAUUUCGGCUUCAACCGCGUCAGCUUUGGCUCGCUCAGCCUCCGCAACAAGCCAUACGUUGGCAUGUCUGCUGCCACCAUCUUCUUGGCUUUGUCAAUUGCUGUUUUUGCGCUUUACUCGCCGCUCGCCUACGGCAACAAGUGGACAAAGUCCGAGUGCAACCGCGUGAAGUUGAUGGAUACUUGGGACUGGGACUGCAACACUUUCUACGACUCGUACGCCGACUACUCGCUUGCUGUACCAAGCGCUGCCGGAGCCGCCCCAACAACGCAAGCAGCCCACGGACCUGCACCACCUGUCGCAGAAGACCCACAAAAGGACGUCUUCGUCACACCACAAGCAGCAGCUCAGAUCCCAAUGGAAGGCGCCAUCACGGAGGAGAAGAUCGAGUACCGCGACGAAGACGGCAACCUCCUCGACGAGGAGCAGGUCAAGGCUCUCGAGGGCAAGGUCUCCUUCUCCACCCGCUACGAGACUCGCACGCGCCUUGUCGACGAGGCUGGUAACGAGGUACACGAUGGCAUCGUCGAGGGCCACGAUGGCGCUCCUCCUGCUAAGCCAGAGGGUGUGGAUCCGCAAACUAUGCCUGUUGGUGAUGCGUAUGAGGGUGAGCCGAAUACUGCGCCGGCGGGCAAUGUUGCGGAUGCGGAUUUGGCAAAGGAGAGGAGUAUUCCUGAGGCUAAAGCGACUGCUGAGGCUGAAAGUGUCGCGGAGGUGAAGACGAAGGAGGAGCUUUGA